AUGAGUGAAAAUAAUUUAAAAAUGUCAGAUGAAUCUGAAGACUUAUGGUUAAAAAUAGUAAAUGAAGGUGUUGAAGAUCGUGUUGAAGUAAAUCAACGAAUGUUAAUUGAUAAAAUGUUAGCACGUUAUUCAUCUGAUUUUGUUGUUUAUCGAGAAUUAAUUCAAAAUUCUGAUGACGCUAAAGCAACAUCAUUUACACUUGAAAUAACUUGUGAUCCAUCAAGUUCAACUCAAACUUAUGAAUCAAUAAAUAAUAAUGAGAAUUCAAGACAAUCAACUAAUAUAUUAAAUGGGAUUGGACAAUUAAUUAAAAAUCAUUGGAAUAAUUCAAUAGAUAAUACGGAAAAUUUAAGUCCAUCAUCAUCAUCGUCAAUAAAUGAAAAUAAUUUUCAUAAUUGUAUAAUAACAGAAAUUCGUACAGUAAAUAAUGGAAAUAUUUUUAAUGAAGAUGAUUGGAAACGAGUUAUAACAAUAGCUGAAGGAAAUACAAAUGUUGAUUCAAUUGGACAAUUUGGUGUUGGAUUUUUUUCUGUUUUUUCUUAUUCAGAAAAACCAAUGAUUCAAUCUGGUAAACAAUGUUUAGCUUUUGCUUGGCAAAAUGGUAAAUCAUUAACAACAUUUCGAAAAGAAUUAUCAAAUGAACAACAAUCUAAUCAAACAUCAAUUAUUCUUAAAAUGAAAAAUAAAUUUAUUUUACAAACAAAAUCUUCGAUUGAAUAUUCAUCGAAGAAAUCUAAAUUAAAUAAUAAUCGAACAAGUAAAUCGAAAAAAAAUACAAUAACAAAUGAAAUUGUUCCAAUAAUGGAUUUAAUUGAAUUAAAAAGUUAUUUUACAAAAGUUCUUUCAUUUACAAAAUAUAUUAAUGAAUUAAUAAUAAAAAUCAAUGGUUUUAUUAUAUUUAAAGUUAAUAAAACAUCAAAAGAAAUUCCAUCAACAAAAUUAUCUUUAGCAUCAAAACGAAUGAAUUCCAAUGGUGAACAUAAUUUACUUCAUUUUAAUUCAUUUCUACAAACAGAACAAAGAUUUACAAUUGAAAAUGGUCCAUCAAUAACAUUAAAUCAUAUUGAUGUUCAAGCAAAUGUUAUUAUUGAUAAAGAUUUUCAUAAACAAAUUCAAAAAGUUUUAAAAAAAGAUUUACCAUCUACAAUCCAUAUUCAAUUUUUAUUUCCAUCAAAUAAUAUUUUUGAAGAAGAACAAUGGAAAACUUUAACUGAUGAAAAUAAUUUAAAUAAUAAAAUAUUAAAAAAUUUAAUUCCAUUAAAAAUAAUUGAUGGAAAAAUUCAUCCAUUUGGACAAAUAUUUAUUGGUUUAGCAACACAUCAAACAACAGGUAUUGGUAUGCAUGUAUUUACACAUUUAGUUCCAACAAUUGAACGAGAAAAUAUUGAUUUACAAGAUCCAUAUAUUUCAAUAUGGAAUGAACAACUUUUAAUAUCAAUUGGAAAAAUUAUUCGUUUUAUUUAUGAUCAAACAAUUCUUGAUUCAGUUAAUCACAUUGAAAAACAAACCAUUGAAAUAUUUAAUUCAAUACUUUCUCCAUAUGCAUUUCAAGAAUCAUCACCAAAUAAAGAUAUUGGUCGAAUACUUGUUGAUGGAUUUUUUUCAUCCGAUAAAGAUAUUCUUGUACCAGUAAGACGAUCACCAUCCGAUGCUCAUCUAUCAUUAAUUCCAUCAACAGAAGCUUAUAUAGCAAAUUCUAAACAUAUUGAAAAAUUUCUUCCUAUUCCACUUAUUCCAUAUGAAAUUGGAAAAAAUGAUUUUUUUAAAAUAUUAAAACAUCGUCAAUGUAUUGAAGAAAUUGAUAAUCAUAUAAUUCUAACAAAAAUUCAUGAAUCAAUAUUAUUAUUAGAUGAAUUUAUUGAAUUACUUCGUUGGUUAUGUACAAUUGAUAUGAAUAAAAAAUCUUAUAUAAAACAAAUUCUUUCAAAAAUUCAUUAUCGUUUAAAUUCCAAAUCAAAAAUAAUCAAAUUAAAUGAUAUUGAAUAUUUUGAUACAUUAAAUCUUCCAUUACUUCCACUUCCAUCAAAUGUUUUACCAUCAAAUAUUGUUUUACAUAUAUCACGUGAUGAUUUACAAAGACGUUUAACUUUAACAACAAUUUCAAUAAAAUAUUUAAUUGAAUUUUAUUUAAAUGAAAAACAAAAUUAUCUUCUUACACAAGAAGAUACACUUAUUAUUAUUUUAAAUUUUAUUUCUUCAAAUUUAAAACAAUUUAAUCAGAAUGAAAUUACACAAAUAAAAAGUUAUUUAUCAAAUAUUAAAUCUAUUCCAACAACAAAAGGAAUCAAAACACCUAAUGAAUCAUAUAUACAAUCAAAUAAUUUAUCUUCAAAUUUACCAAUAAUAACACUUUAUAUUCCACAAAUUGAAAAUAAUAAACAACAAUCAACUGAAUACCCUGUAUCACUUGAUUUUCUUAAAUCAAUUGGUUGUAGAACAAUUCAUGUUCCAACAUUAACUAAUUCAAUUAAUAAUAAUAAUAAUCAAGAAAAUACUUCACAAGAUAAUAAUAAUACUCAAACAUUACAAAUAUUUAUUCAAGAUUUAUUACAACAAAGAAAAAAUAUGAGUGAAAAUGAUCUUAAAGCAUUAAAACAUAAUCAUUGUAUUACAGGAACAACAUUAGAAUCGAAUGGUGAAAUCAAACGUAAAUAUAUGCCUAAUGAACUUCAUUUUCCAUCCGUAGCUAAUCGUCUUCAAUGGAAUAAUUUAGCAAUAAUUGAUUGGUUUGAUAUUGAACCACGUUCACAAGAAUAUUUAUUUCUUAAAGAACUUGGUGUUAAAGAAGUACCUGAUUUAAAUAAAUUAAUAUCACGAAUUGAUCAAGAACAUUCAAAUAAUAAGAAAACAAAAGUUAAUUAUAAAUUACCUCAAUCACUUACUUUUUUUGCAGAAAAUUUUCAAGAAUAUUAUUCCAAAUCAUGGAAAAAUUCCAAUAUUAAAACGCCAUUUCUACCAUCAUCAUUACCUGAUAAAAAUCGAUCAACAGAAGUUAUUUUAACAACACCUGAACAUGUUUUUAAAGAAGAAGGUCCAUUAUGUGCAUCAUUACUUCCAGAUGUUAUUCAAUGUUUUUCUCAAUAUUUUGAUAUUGGUUUACUUGGUGUUAAACAUCGUCCACCAAUAUCAUUUGCAUUUGAUAUAUUAAUGGAAAAACGAAAUGAUCUAUUAAAUCUUCAAACUGCUCCCAUUUAUUUUUCUUAUUUAAAUAAAUUAGAUGGUCUUAAUAGAACAUUUAUUCAAAAACUAUCAACUAUAUCAUUUAUUCCAUUAACAGAAAGUAAUACUUAUGUUAAACCAUGUCAAGUAUUUAUUCGUUCAAAAGGUUUAACAACAAAUGACAAAACUUCGCCUAAUGAUGAUAAGAAUAAUUUAAUUGAAGAUAUAGCAAUACGUGGUCUUAUUGAUUAUAUUGAUUAUGGUUAUGAAGCAAAUUCAUUUCUUAAAAGUAUUGGUGUUGUUUGUUAUCCAUCAGCUGAAAAUUUAGCUAAUUUAUUAAUUGAACGACAAUCAAAUUAUUUUGCUUUAAAUAAACAAAAUACAGAUGAAAUUUUAUCAGCGAAAUUACGUAUUUAUACAAAUUGUUUAAAACAAUUAGCUGUUGUAUCAAAUGUUGCAAGAGAAUUUAAUUCUGAUCCAUUAAGAUCUCGUUUAAUAAAUAAACCAUGGUGUCUUGGUUAUCAAAUUAUUGAAAAAGAUAAUGGAAAUAAAGAAAGAAUAUUUAAAAUAGGUAAACCAAAUGAAAUCUAUCUAGAUGAUGAUCAUCAAUGUGCAAUUGAUCUUCGACCAUUAUGUGCACCUGAAGAACCGGAAUUAACCAAAUUAUAUGAACAAUUUGGAUCAAAAUGGAUUUCAGAAUCUGUUAAAAGAACUUUAAUACAUAGAGGAAAAACAUUUACAACGGAACGAAGUAAAAAAUUACGAGAUUUAAUUAUACAUCGUUUAGAUAUGUUAUUUGUUAAUAAUAGAGGUGAAACAAUGGAAAAUAUUGAUGAAAAACGUAUUGAAUUAUUAAGAAAAAAAUUUUUAGUUUAUGAAUCUGAAGCAAUUCAAUGUCAAUUAACAUUUCAAAAUAAAACAAUAACAUUAAAUUCAACAGAAUGUAGUUCAUGUGCACUUGAACAUGAUAAAAGUCAAGUUGUUUUAUUUAUACAAAAAGAUAUUUCAACACUUGAUUAUAUUGAUAUAUCAAGUGAAUUAACGAGAUUUGUUUAUAAAAAACCACUUGAUACAUUAGUUCAUUCAAUUAGUGAUAAACUUGCAUCACCAUUAGAAACACUUAAAAGACGUGGAAUUCCUGUGGAUAGAUUAUUAAAAAUUCAAGAACAACAACAAAUUAAAUUAUUAUUAAAUACUCAACAAAAUAAAGUAGAAGAAAAAAUUGAAAAACAAGUCUCACAACAACAACAACAACAACAACAACAAUCUCAACCAGAUAUUCCACAGAAACAAAUAGCUAAACCAGAAAAAAUACCUCAACCAAUUGAACAACAUCAUAACGAACAAGUAAGACCAGAAAAAGAAAUAAAUCGUAAACAAUCUCAACAGUAUGAACAAAAUGAUCAAUCUCAACGUGGAGGAUUUUUUCAAAAUUUAAAAGAUUAUUUUAUUCCACUUCAAUUUCCAUCACCAUCACCAACACCAACAAUUCCAUUAAGUAAUUCAACUGAAAAUCUUUCAAGUAAUAUUGAAACAAAUCGUAUUAGUCAUUUUGGAGAACAUAAAAGAGAUGAUGAUGAUGAUAUUAAUCAAAUGAUUAAAACAAGUCGACCCUAUUCAGAAAAAGAAUUUAAUCAAAAUGAAUGUUCAAGAAAUGAAAUAAAUAAUUCAUGUGAAUUUGUUCCAUCAUCAAAUAUGAUUCGUCAUUCGGAUCUUUUUCAUGGAAUUCCACUUUAUAUUGAUAAAAAUGUUCAAUUAACUAAUUUAAUGAUUGAUCAAGGAAAUCAACUUGCUUAUUUAUUAUGUUCACUUGCCAAACAAGUUUUUUCUAUUCCAAUUAAAACAAUGCAUCUUUUUCGUGAUAUUGAUAGUGCUCGUAUUGCUUUUAAUAGUGGUGGAUCAUUAUUUUUUAAUCUUCGUUAUUUUGAACAAGUUUAUUGGGAUGAUUUAAAAUCUUCAAUUGCAAAUAAUUCUUCAUCAUCAUCAAAUCCAGUAAUUCGUCGAAUAGUUAAUUUUUAUUUUAUGGUUACUUGCCAUGAACUAUCACAUAACAUUGAUUCCAAUCAUGAUUUAAAUUUUAUUAAUCGUCUUGAAAGAGUUUCUGUGAGAUUUAUGGAUGCAAAAGAUGCAUUUAUAACAACAUUUUAUUUUCCAUAA